AUGUUACGUCGAUGUUCAGUGCCUACACCGAAUCUUCCCAGAGGACAUACAAGAGCACACAUAAAGGAUUCCUACCGUUUUGUCAGCGAGAUUAAAGACCUACGUCUGGCAGACAAUGAAACUAUGGUCAGUUUUGAUGUGCAGUCAUUGUUUACAUGCUUACCUGUUGAAGACUGCAUCUCAAUUGUAACUAGAAGGCUGGAAGAAAACAACAUGCCCGUAGAAUAUGCAGUAUUACUCAGACACUGCCUUACAUCUGGCUACCUAUUGUGGAAGGAGGAGUUCUACAAGCAAGUAGAUGGUGUGGCGAUGGGCUCACCUGUAUCUCCCAUUGUCGCCGACAUAUUCAUGGAAGACUUUGAGGAGAAAGCCCUGCUUACUUCUCCCAUAAAUCCAAGAUUCUACAAGCGGUACGUAGAUGACACUUUCACAAUUCUACCUUUAGAUAAAGUAACUGCAUUUUUAGACCAUCUUAACUCUAUAAAUACUAAAAUUCAGUUCACAAUGGAGUUAGAGGCAAACAAUUCCUUAGCUUUUCUAGAUGUGUUAGUAAUUCGGAAUCCUGAUAACACCUUGAGCCAUACUGUGUAUAGAAAAAAGACCCAUACAGAUAGAUAUUUAAACGGUGAUUCUUACCACCAUCCUUCACAGUUAGCUACCGUGGGUAAAUCUUUGUUUCAGAGAGCACGAGGGAUCUGUGACAGAAAACACCUGGCUGCCGAGCUCCAACAUGUCAAGCAAGUUUUGCAUGACAACAAGCUUCGGGUCCCGCGCCUACGUCACAGAGAACGAGUGAAGCCGGCCACAGUCGAGCGUGUACCUGCUGUACUGCCGUAUGUUAGAGGAGUCACUGACAAGAUUGGCUACAUCUUGAAGCGCGCUUCCAUCAAAACAUACUUCAAGCCGCCGAAGAAGAUUGGUCAGUUUUUACCAUCAGUCAAGUGUAACGUCCCUCUGCAAGAUGCAGGAGUGUACAAGCUUGAUUGUGAAUGUGGUCUCUCCUACAUAGGACAAACUAAAAGAUCAAUUAAAACCCGCGUCAAAGAACAUAUAGCUGAUGUGAAGAAUCGACGCUCCGGGAAGUCUGCAGUCUGUGAACAUGUACAGGAUCGCCCCCGUCACUACAUCAGAUUUGAUAGACCACAAAUCCUCGCUAAAGAACACCGAUUCCUUCCAAGGAUGAUUCGCGAGGCUAUUGAAAUCAAAAAACAUCUUAAUUUCAAUAGAGAAGAUGGCUGGGUGCUACCAUCUGCUUGGGAUCCUAUAAUAAAUAAAAUUAAAUCCCAACCCAAGCAUACAACUGCAAGACUCCAUGAUACCAUAAGUUCAUACUGUGUAGAUCGGAACAAAAGUUAA